AUGAAAAGCAUAAAAGCUUCUUUCAAAGAAUAAGAGCAAGAUUCUUUGCAAUUCUUAGAAAAACUUACAAAAUUUAAGAAAGCAUCUUAGGAAAUAAAAAAAAAAAAUUAACUUGCUGCUCAUAAGCUAGAAUGGUAAAAAGAUAUGCUUAAGAUGAAUAAAUUAGAAAAAUCGCUAACAAAUGACAUUGGUUACACUUGCAUAUAAAUAGAUAAAUUAAUAGGGCCUUUGAAGCUAAUGGAAUAGUUUGAAGAAGAGAAAGAGGAUCAUAAUAAAAACUUUUUUAGCUUAAAUGAAAAGUUAAUCUCUCAGCGUGAUAAUUUGUAGCUAAAUAUUUGGUAUUAAGUGAGAAAUUUUAGAGAUAUUGUGUAAAAAAUAAAAUCAAAUAAAUAAAUAGAUUUCAAAACUCUACAUGAACUUUACUAAGAUAUAAAGAAGUUUUUACUUUAAAGUAAAGAAAUUGUUAAUUAGGAUUAUGAAAUAUUAAAAACAAAUAAAUAAAUGCAAAUGGAAAAUUAUAGAUUAGAUUAAGAAGCAAUUUUAGAUGAUAUUGUUGGAGAUAAACAAUAAGAAUUUUUAUUAUAAAAUGAUGAUGCAUUAUCUGUUACAAGCACGUCUAAACCGAAAUUGUAAUUGCUCUUAGAAAAUGAUAAUAGUGAGUAGGAUGAAGACGAAAUUAUCAAUUAUUUGAAAGUUUUUUAAGGAGAUGGUGAAGUAGUUAUUGAAGAAAAAAAAUUGCUUGUUUAAUAUAAAAAAGCUCUUAGGUUAAUGAAUGAAAGAUAUGAUUUAGAAAUUUAAAAACUUGAAGAAGAGUAUGAAAAUAAAGGGAGAACAGAACCACCAGAGUUUUUUAGGUUGAAUGAAAAUUUAGAAGAGUUUAAGCAUAUAUAUAAGUGUUAUAAUAUGAAAGGCAAGGAAAGAGAUUUUUACAUGGAAAGACUAUCGUUGCACUUUCCAAAAGUUAAAAAAUUGGUGUUAGAAGUUAUGGAUAGUAUUUUAUAAAAUAGUGAGUAUAAGCAAUAGAAGCUAGAUUCCUUAUACAGAAAUUACCUCUCAGAAAGGAGAGAACUUAAGAGAAAGGCAGAAUAACAAAUUUAAGACAUGCUAGCACAAAAAAUUGAAGAAAAUAGAAGAAAUGCAGAAAAACUGUAAACUCAAAUUGAAUAAGCAAGAAUUUAAGAAGAGUUAGAGUAAAAGAGAAUGCUUUUUAAUCAUAAAAAGCAGUAAAAGUUAGAAAUAUAAAAAUAGCUAGAAGAAGAAAGGUAGUUAGAAGAAAAGAAGAAGAAAGAAAUUUAUGAUUAGAGAUGCAAGGAAUCUAAACAAAAAGCUUUGGAAUAUGAAAAUUAGAAGAAAAUAAAGGAAGAGAAAUAAAGAUAUAUUGAAGAAGAAAAACGUAAAUAGUAACUUUAAGAGUAAAAAGAGAUAGUUCUUAAAAAUAAAGAUAAAGUACAAGUUAGAUAGGAUUAUGAACUUGAAAAAAUAUAAAUGAAAGCAUACUAAAAGGAGCUUAUAGAGAAAUAAAAAUAGUUAAAUGAAGAGAGAAUAGAGUAGGCUAUUGAAAAUUAUUAAUUUCGUCCAAAAGUUGAGGCAGAUUUUAACAGACUUAAGAAACCAACCAAAGCACUGGUUAUUAAACAGUAAACCUAAUUAGAUAAAGCUGAUAAAGUUGAGCUCACUAAAGUCCAUGGUUAUAGUGUUAAUCAGCUAAUGAAAGAUAUGAGAUAUAGACUUAGUUCUGCACUUGCGGAUGCAGGUCUAGCUCAUACUAAUUAUGCUAGAGAUGUUAUGAAAUAUCUUUAUAAUUGA